AUGGCGGGCAAUUGGGGCCAGCACGCCUUUGUGGGUCCUAAUGAUCCUUUGUCGGAUUUCCGGUCUAGUAUUACCUUGAUCGAUGUUGCCAGCAAUCGAUUCUGCUUCAACGACGGUUACCACACAUCACACCAUCUGCAUCCUCGGCGACACUGGAUGGGGCAUCCCGUGGCGCUUCUUCGGGACCAGGAACGCUAUGACGAGCGGGCGCUCAUGUUCCAAAAUUUGGAUUAUCUCAUGCUAACUGUUAAUCUGCUGCAAAAGGACUAUGCGCACCUGGCUCGAUGCAUGGUUCCAAUUGGUGUCGAGCAAAGAACAAUGACUCUAGAGCAACGGGAAAACCUGUUACGCAGUCGCACUCGGCGAUUCGCCGAGCUGCAUUCCAAACGGAAUAGCGAAUUUAAGCGGCGAUGA